AUGAGUGACUACGAAAGUGAUACAAAAGAUUAAUAUCCAGCUGAAGUUGAAUGGAAAUAGAAAAGAGGCACUUUGGAUUAGAGAUAAAAAGAUGAAAUCUAUAGACUUUCAAAAGAAUAUCAUUUCAAAGUAUGAACUCUUAUUCAAAAAUUUUAGGAAAGCGUAGUUUAUAACAUUGCUAAAAGACAUUAUUACUAAUUUGAGUUAGUUGAAAGAGAUAUCUAAGAUCUUAAAAAAUAAGAUAAUAACGACGAUGGUGAAUGGAUUACAAAUGACAAUGAAAAAUCAAAAUCACAAAAUAAGAAUAGAAAAAACUCAAACAAGGAUUAUGACCAAAAGAAUAACAGAAAGCAAAGUGAUUAAUACUAGAAAUAGCAGGAAUAAAGAAACAACAAAAAUAAUGAAAGACAGGGGUAUAAUCAAAGAUAAUUCAAGUAAUCAAUUUCAUAAUUUUAAGUUCAUCAUAGAAUUACAAUAACAGAAACUAUAGAGAUGAUACUAGAAAUUAAGAUGAUGAUUAUGAUCAAUAAGAUAAUUAAUAAAAUUAUAGAAAUGAUAGAGGUUAACAAAGAUAUUAAAAAAAUACUUAUAAUGAAGGAUGGAAUUAAAGAAGAACAAAUUAAUAUUAAUAUUAUAAUAACAAUAACAAAAACUAUAACUAAAGAAGAUAACAAAGGAACAGAAAUGAUGACUUUGUGUAAUAACCAUAGUAUGUUCUUAAAGACCAAUAAGCAUCAGAAUAAUAAUAAAGUUAGGUUCCAGCAACUAAAUAAUAAGUGAGUGAUUCUGUAAAUUAAUAAAUAUAAGACUCUCAAAAAAGAAAAGAACCUUAAUAAUAAGAUUAAAAUUCCAAUUAAUAGUAAUAAUAGUAAUAGUAUCAAUAAUAGUAAUAAUAAUAAUAAUAACAAUAAUAACAAUAAUAAUAACAAUAAUAAUAAUAAUAAUAAUCACAUUAAUAAUAACAAUAACAAUAAUAAUCACAUUAAUAAUAAUAAUAAUAAUAAUAAUAGCACCAAUAACAUUCAAAUUAAUAAACAUCAUAAUAAGCAAAAGUAUAAUAAAAUAAUCAAUAAAAUAUAUCUAAUUAAACUAAUAAAUCACAAACCAAAAGUUAAGCUGAUCAAAGCACAAAAGUUUAAUAGUAACCAGUCGUUUAAUAAUAACCAGUCGUUUAAUAGUAACCUGUCGUUUAAUAAAAAUAAUAGGAAGUUCAUUAAUAAUAGCCAUAAGUUUAAGUUAACCAAUAGACACAAUAAUAAACAGCAGCAGUUUAAAAUACUCCUAUUCCUCCUUCCCAAGUGUAAUAAUAGGUUCAUCAAUCCUAAAUUGGAUAAACUUAAGCCCAAACAAAUACAUUACCAUUACAAGAGUAUAAUUAACAACAAGAUCAAAUGAAAUAUCAGAAUAAUAGUGGAUAAGGACCUUAAUAAUAUGGUAUUUAAACAGUGCCUUAGCAAUAAAGAUAAUAAAAACCAAUGUCUUAAGUUCCAUUAUUGGCGUAGUUCUUGAUCUAUCCAAAUAACUGUACUUCAUCAACAAACUUAUUCCCCUUAACCAUGGUAUGAAUUAAAUAUAUAAAUUAGUAAAAUUUGAAUAACGCAUUUGAGUAAUUGCGAUAGAUUGCAUUGAAUUAUGAAUAAAAGUAAUAGUGAGAGAUUUCUUACAUUUUUAAAAAAU